UGAAGAAUUUUAGGAAUUGCUAAAGCCACUGCCACAUCCCUGUCAUACUCUCGACAUCCCGCAGUACUUUUUUUCACCUCGACUCGGUGUCCAUCCGCGACACUAACCUACAGCUCAAGGCUUGUAUUCGAUUUUCUUCGCGAACCGCGAUCUACUCUAUUUCCUCACUAGUUAAUCAAGCUCCGCCUUAAAACUCACAAUGGGUCUACGGGGUGUCCAGUUGGGCCUGCGUGUGUGGGAGUUCCUGUGGACUCUGCUCAUCAUGGCCCUCGUCGGUAACAUGAUCGCUGAUUCGUUCGCGGGCAACCCAGCUACCGUCAACUACUCGAUGUUUGUGUCGGCGUUCUCGAUGUUUUCACUCAUCUACCUGGUCCCGGCCUCGUUCAACUCGGACUGGGCACUGCACCCGAUCAUUAUGGUCGUGGUCGACGCGCUCAACUGCGUGUUCUUCUUCUGCGCGGCUAUCGCGCUCGCUGCGAAGCUGACCUGCCACUCUUGCAACAACCAGUCCUAUCUGAUCAGCAACGAAAUUACCAAUGGCUCGUUCAACAUGACGAAGCGCUGCCGUGAGGCUCAAGCGUCAGUGGCUUUCCUGUGGUUCGGCUGGGCUGGAUACAUGGCCUCUGUCAUCGUCUCCGUGUUCAUGUCCCGGUCGUCUACUGUCAACCUCCGUGGCCGCAGCGGUAGCCGCCGCCGCCCUAACAUGACCCAGGUUUAAGCUUGCAGACAAGACGAGAUCAGGCUGGCAGAUUCCUGGAUGGAAUCUCAUACGAGGCUUCUCGUCUAGGAAUCUAGUUCAGAAGCCUGUUUGCUUCUAAGGUGAUACGAUAGUGUUCUGGUGGCUUCGCACCAGUGACGCCACGCAACAUGCUAUGUGAUUUCAAACGGCGUUGACGGCAAUGGGCGGUUGAAUGAUUAUAUGACUUGACAAUCCGGUUGAAGUGGAAAUCAUCAGGAGAUAUAUACUCCGUACUGAUGUCCACCUGUGGUUUCCUCCUGGAUAAUGGAAAACGGAAAACGAAAAUUGGAUGAUGAAGACGCAGGCUCCCUUUUCUUAAUUCUCUCCAUGAUACCGCGCAACAAGGUGCGAGAUGGAAUAAUGCUUUUUGGAUGCUGCUGUGCUAUUACGAU